UCAUUGGUACCCAAGAAAAACAAAUUGCCGGUGGAUAGGGGACAGCUUGUGAUGCGACUCAUCACUUCUUUGAAGGCGUGUUAUCAAGUGACUGGGCAGAACUCCGCCUGCAGGAGCCUGAUUAUGGGCUAUGGACGGGGCACAUUCAGAGAGAGGAGAAGCAAUCCAGGGCCCAGUGAUGGCGUCUGACUUGGGAGGAAAACAGGUGUGGGGUCCAGGGUAGCACCUGGCAGCCAUUUUGUAGUCUCAGGAGGGCCCUGCGGUACUGGACUUACUCGAGGGGACAGUGGUUGUGAACCGGGACCUCAGCACACAGGGAGUGCUCUGCUGGCGCACACAGAAGCUUAGGACUUGCCGUUUUCUGGUCCUCACCUUGGCUUGUAAGCAGAAAGAAAUUGGGUCAGCACCAGAUGCACUUCACAUUCUGUCUCUCUCUCAGCACUGAACUAUUUUAGCCACCUUCCCCCUGGGAAGGGCCACCUUGUCCAAGUGAUGGUGGCCAAUGUCUUGACGAAAACGGAUCUUGAGUCUUUCUGUAUGGUCGCGAGAUGCCUUUGCUGACCUUUGCCCAAGAGGCCAAAGCAGCUGCGUCAGGCACCUGUAGCUGAGCCUCGGCCUUGCUUCCUCCAUCACCAACUCCACCCUCCACACCUGUGUCUUCCCGGGUGCCAAGUGCCCUCCCUUCUCCUAAUCUCACACUUCCUCCUCCAGUACCUUUGCUCCUGGCCUCCACCUCCACCCAGUUGAUUCCCUUGGUGCAUCUGUUGCUCCAGUCCUGUCAUCCUCUCUCCUCCACAGCACUGAGCAGAGUGAAGAAUGGAUCCGGGUUUUGGACUCCUGGCUGGGAGCUCUGGAGAGGUGGCCACCAAAGGAAUCUCGCCUGUCAGAUAGUAGGAAGUUGACUGCCAGCCUCCCAUUCUGACCUCCCCAGGGAUGGGCCAGCCACUCUUGGCCAUGCCAGAUUUAGCUUCCUGUUCCACAGAUGAUCUUGAUGGAACAGAAAAAUUUUGAGUUGAUUAUAAGCCUCUUCUAUAUCCUUCAGAAUUUGCUGGGGUUUUUGCAACUGACUUCAGGAUUUUGAGUACAAGGAUAACAUUCGUGAGCAAUGGGCAAUAAAAGUCCAAGUCUUUGCUCAGAAUUGAGGGUAACUGGGCUGUUUGGAGUGGACAGUCUCAGCUGAAACUUCACAUGUUUGUGUGUAAUUUCAUGCAGACAAACCCAAGCCAAAGGGAAGUCAGAAUUAGGAAAAGCCGGACGUGGCUGUGAUGGCUGCGGGGCUGACGAGAAACUGCUAACGUCCACGUGGAGCCACUGUAGGGUUUAUAAGAACAUAAUGGAUGGAGACGAGAAAACCCUUGGUGGCCGUGAAGGCCCUGAUGCCGUGUAUGUCAAGUCGAUGUCUUCUGAUGGUCAUGAAUGUAUUGUAAAAAGAGAACACGCACUAACCUCAGGAACAAUAAAAACCAUGGCGAGAGGCCCAGGUCAGUUUGCUGAAAAUGAAACUAAUGAGGUCCGUUUUAGAGAGGUCCCUUCACAUGUGCUAUCAAAAGUAUGCAUGUAUUUUACCUACAAGGUUCGCUACACUAACAGCUCCACCGGGAUUCCCGAGUUCCCAAUUGCACCUGAAACUGCACUGGAACUGUUGAAGGCUUUGAACUUCCUAGAUUGUUAAAUAAAAUUAAUUAUAAUAAACCGUUAAUUUUUUCAGCAUUUAAUACUUGUAAUUCAGUUAGUAAUUUUUUUCACAUAUAGCAUGUUGCCUGUAUGAAAUUGAACUACACAUUUAAUUGCAAAGCAGAUUUUCUUCUGUUCUUUUGCAUAGCAAAGUUGAAAUUUGUUUACUACAUCAACAAAUUAAGGACAUUUUCACAAACUGAGAAAUAAACAAUUAUGCCAA